UAACACAUACAUGCACCUCAGCCCAUUGGCCCAGAAAGCCAAGUGGCCCAAAUGUAUCCCAUUCACAGCAUCUCAGCUUUGAAAGCAUCUUUGUUCACAAUCAUUUAGUGGAACUACGAUGAUUAGGGCUAUACAGUAUGAUUUUUGUAAAAAAAUAUUCAUCCUAAAGGCAGUUUGGUAACGAGCAACAAAUUGGGGCUGGGUGUGAACCCCCAGUGCAUGAAGUCUGAUGAGGUGAUAAACAAUCAGCUCUCUCUUCUCCGCUAGUCUCAUGUCCUUGGAGCAGAGAAUGUUUUCUGCUCUUUGUGUAGUCAGAAUUUCCAAAAUGUCACAUGUUAUAUGUCCGUUUACUUGAUCCCUUAACCUUAAUAAGCAUCUAUCCUCCUUUUCCUUCUCUCCACCCCUCACUUUAACCAUCUCCUCUGCAGUUUAGUGCUCUUUGUGAGGGAACGCCUUGUUGGAGGAUAGCUUUUUAUCUUUCUUCUCUUACCCACUUUUCUCCUCAUCCCUUCUCUAUUUGGAUUAUUCUCUCAGUCUACCUCAGUGUUUGCUUCUGUGUUCAGUGCUGUAUAGUAGGCACUUAGCUUUCCUCUGCAAUGUGGUGGUGGCUGCUAGGUGUAUUGAGCUGCGGGCUGCUGGUGGUGGUCGUCAUCUUCUUCCUGACCACUGGGCAACGCUACAAGGUAUUCAGCGAGAAGUGUCUGAGGCCACCAGGACCGUUGGUCACCGACAGCAGACAGAGGGACGACAGGCUGAAGAGAGGGUUUCGUGUGGGCCGCGUUCCCCCUGCUCUGGAUGCGGUGGUGAUUGGCAGCGGUGUGGGAGGUUUGACAGUAGCAGCGCUUUUGUCCAAAGCUGGGAAGAGGGUUGUAGUUCUGGAGCAACAUGAUCAGGCUGGAGGCUGCACACACACCUUUCAGAAUAAGGGAUUUGAGUUUGACGUGGGUAUUCAUUACUUGGGCCAGCUUCAUGAGAACAGCUUGCUGAGGGUUGCUCUGGAUCAGAUCACAGAAGGACAGCUGCAGUUCACACGGCUGGAGCAGCACUUUGACACACUGGUCCUGGGUCAGCUUGACCAGCGCAGGGAGUACCAUAUCCAUGCAGGGAAGACUGAGAUGGCAGCUAGCCUGAAGAAGCAGUUCCCAGGAGAAGAGGAGGCCAUUGAUGAGUUCAUGAGAUUGAUGAAGCUAGCCUCACGGCGAACACCGCUUAUCGCCAUAUUGAAGAUGAUACCGUAUUGGCUGGUUAACUUCCUGGUUCAGACUGGCCUACUAGAUCGCAUAUCUUCAGUGUUCCGCCUAGCAGCAACCAACCAUUCAGAAAUUAUGUCCAGCCUCACACAGAACAAGGACCUGCAGGCACUGUCCUCCUACCUGUUUUACGGUGUGCCUCCUAAAGAGUCCAGCUUUCUCAUCAAUGCUCUCCUUCUUCACCACUACAAGCGUGGUGCUUACUACCCACGGGGGGGCUCCAGUGAAUUUGCCUUUCACAUCAUCCCUGUCAUUCAGCAGGCAGGUGGUGCUGUGUUGGUCAGGGCUCCUGUACAACGCAUCCUGCUCAACCAGCAAGGGAAGGCCUGCGGUGUGACAGUACUUAAGGGACAAGAAGAGAUUGAGGUCCAUGCCCCUGUUGUCAUUUCCAACGCUGGAAUCUUCAACACCUUCCAGAAGUUUCUGCCUCAGCACGUACAGGAAAACCAAGAGAUCCGGUCACUGUUGCGUAUGGUGCGUCAUGGUAUGGGUUCCUUCUUGGUUUUUGUUGGUCUGGAUGGAACCAAAGAGGAGCUGGGCAUUGUUUCAACCAACUUCUGGAUGUAUAAAGACAAUGACUUGGACUCACUUAUGGAGCGAUACUCUUCACUGAGCAGAGAGCAGGUAUUGGGGAACAUUCCCAUGAUGUUCAUCACCUUCCCAUCCGCUAAAGAUCCUACAGCCACCAUCAGAUACCCAGGAAAGUCCUGUAUGACGUUGCUAACCAUGGCUCGCUAUGAGUGGUUCGAGGAAUGGGAGCGGACAAAGCUUGGCAAGAGGGGACAGGACUACCUGGAUCUGAAAAACAGCAUCGCCCAAGAGCUUCUGGACUGGGCACUAACAAUCUUCCCUCAAUUGCGAGACAAGGUGGUGAUGGUGGAUGCAGCCACUCCACUAACUAAUGUUCACUAUUUGGGGGCUUCAAGAGGUGAGAUGUACGGCGCUGAACACAACUUGGAGCGCUUCACCCCAGAAACGGUUGCUAGGACACGACCACAGACACCAAUCAACGGACUCUACCUAACAGGUCAGGAUGUAUUCUGUAACGGCAUGGCUGGGGCACUGCAUGGUGGAUUGCUCUGCGCUUCUGCCGUCCUCAAUCAGAUCCUCUACAUUGACCUUCUAGCCCUGAAGACCCGCCUCAAACACAAACAGACCAGUCAUAACUGACCUGGUAGCGACAGGGCUGUAGUGGAGUGUAAAUGCGUGUAAACAUUGUUUACCUGCCAUCAAAUUCGUAUAAAUAUAAAUAGCGUUUACACAAUAGUGCAUUCAAACUGUGCUCUCUCGCACAGUUCCUGUUGUAAAUUUGUUUUGUUCUCUGUUGGAACACUGUAUCCUCAUGUUAGUACCAUUGUAUUCUGUUAACCCAGUGUCAUGAGGAGACACGGCCACAUAAAGCUGAGUGUCAUCAGCAUAGCUGUGGAAAGACAUACCGUGCCUCCUGAUGAUACUGCCCAGGGGUAGCAUGUACAAAUUAAAAAGUAACGCUCCUAAAAUUGAUCCUUGUGGUACCCCACAGGUAACCUCAUAGUGUUUGAAGGAGUGGUCAUCUAUAGAUACAAAAGAUUUUCUUCUGUAAAGAAAUAAGGUAAACCAGUUAAAAGCAAUUCCAGACAGGCCAGCAUGCUCACUUAAUCUAUUUAAAAGAAGCUGGUGGUCCACAGUAUCCAAGGCACCACUCAGGUCAAGUGGCACCAGAACUGAAAGCUUGUUGUUGUCAAGAUUUGUUCUGAUAUCGUUCACUACUUUUAGCAGGGCUGUCUCUGUCCUGCGAUGUGUCCUAAAUCCUGAUUGAAACAUUUCCAAUUUAAUGUUUGAGUUUAAAAAAGUACUUAGCUGAUUAAAAACUAGUUUCUCUAAACUUUUCUUAAAAAUGUGAGAUUUGACAUUGGUCCAAAAUUGCUGGGUGUUAAAAUAUCCAGGUUCCCUUUCUUUAAAAGAGGUUUUACUAAAGCAGUUUUAAAAUAAGUGGGGAAGACACCAAGCUGUAGGAAGUGAUUUACUAUGGCAAGGAUGUCUUCAGAUACAGAAUUAAAAAUAGUUUUAUAAAGGGAGGUAGGAAUCAGGUCAAGUGAACACGUAGAGGGUUUCAGUUCUGUUACUAUUUUCAACCAGGUCAUGAUGUGACAUCACUCUGUACACAGGUUAUAGGUAAAAGUGCAGUGUGCUUGUUCUGCUGGCAGAUACCAGAUCUAAUGUUGAUUAUUUUUUCCCUGAAGUAGCCAGCAAACUUUGUACAUUUAGAACAUGGAAGCUUGAUACUGUAGUUAGUUGUGGGAUUUACCACUCGGCAAUUCUGCAGUCUCUUUUUAGUUUCAUGGUUUGACUAUUUUUGCAUGGGACAACCUUUUUUGUAGUUAUUGCGUCAAGCACUGUUUUCAUUUUAUCAUUAAAAUCAUGAACUAAGUCUUCACAGGAUGACGGUAAGACAUUUUUGACAUUAUGUUCUGUAGUACUUGGCAGAGAAAGACAGAAGAUGUAUUGAUGUUCAGACCACAUGAUAUAAUCCAAGUGUGCGUCCAUGUUUGUGAGUCGGUAUGUUAACAUGCUGUUUAAAAGCCAUACAUUCCAAAAAUUCUAAAAACUAUUUGGCUCUGGUAUCUGCCAGAUUAUCUGCAUGUAUGUUAAAAUCACCAGUUAAAAUGCAACAAGUAAAGCUUUCUGUCCAUCAGGAAACUCUGUAAAUCACAGAGAGUUGAGGCAGAGCUGCCAGAGGACAUCAGAGGGAAACCAGAAAAUAUUUUCUCCAUUAAAAUAUGAUCCAGUUUCAUCAAAAUCAGUGAAUAAAGUUGUAAGUUGUAGUAAUCAUUGAGGCCCUGCUCCCAGAAACACAGAAACAGUGUGUAUCGUUUUUCCAACCUAAUUCCUGUCUCAUUUGUGGUCUAAUAAAAAGUACAUUCAGGUUAAAAACAACAAUGUAUUUGGUCUUUGGAAAUGGAAAUGAUGUAUGUGUUUAUUUGCAUAUAGAGCGAGGAAGUGAGAUCACAAGUGGUCACUCUAAACCAGGCCCAUUCAACUGGCGGCCCGCGGGCCACAUCCGGCCCAGAAGCAACCUCCGAGUGGCCCAGCAUACAUAAAUCUGAUAUAUGACAAAAUAAGUAAACUACAUAUAUAGUGUAUGG